UUGCUGGAUACAGAGAAACCUGUGGCCUGGUUGUCAAGUGUCCUCAGCCCUAGACAUGGCCAUUUGCAGUUGGUGUGCCAUGUCUCCGGCUUCUACCCACAGCCUGUGUGGGUGAUGUGGACUCAGGGUGAGCAGGAGCAAAACAGUACUCAGAGAGGUGACAUCCUUCCCAAUGCUGAUGGGACAUGGUAUCUCCGAGCUACCCUGGAUGUGGAGGCUGGAGAGGAGGCUGGCCUUGCCUGCCGGGUGAAACACAGCAGUCUAGGAGGGCAGGAUAUCAUCCUCUAUUGGGGUAAGAGAAAAACUUGGCCUGGGUUGAGAGCGAAUAGAGGUACCAUUCAAACAUGGAGUAGAGUUGAACAAACCCAAUUUCAGAGAUGAAACCCCUAACUAUUA